AUGGAAGAAGUCGAUCUAGUUGUUGUUGGCGCCGGAUCGUAUGGUCUAUGUGCUGCGAAGACAUACCUAGAAAUCAACCCUUCAGCCAACGUUGUGAUUCUGGAUGCAGAAUCGUCUAUUGGAGGAGUCUGGGCAAAGCAUCGCCUCUACAAGAACUUGAACACCAACAAUGUCUUCGGCUCGUAUGAGUUUUACGACUUCCCCAUGGACGCAAAGGCAUUCGGAGCAGAGUACGGAAAAAAUAUUCCUGGCGAGACUGUGCAUGCGUAUCUGAACGCAUAUGCGAAGCAUUUCUCUUUGACAGACAAGAUACGCCUUAGAUCGAGGGUUGUUUGUGCCGAGCAUAAGGAAGACCCUUCUUCAUGGCUACUUACCGUUGACUCGAACAGUGACGGAAUGGAGGCAACGGUUGGAGCCCUAUCGGUCAUCCUCACACGGAAGCUUAUGAUUGCAACCGGACUCACUUCACAGGCACAUUUACCCAGGUUCAAGGGUCAAGACUCAUUCGGAGCCCCCGUGUUCCAUUCCCGAAACAUGGUGAAAUACGAAGAUGCUGUUCUGCACCCUGACAAGUCGGUGGUUGUUUAUGGGGGAGGAAAGGCCGCUUGGGACAUGGCUUACUCCUGCGCAACGUCCGGGGCCACCGUCAACCUUGUCAUCCGAAAAUGUGGCCGGGGCCCUGCCUGGAUGACAUUCCCCACCAUCACGCCGCUCAAAAUUUAUUUAGAGCAUAUACUUCUGACGAGAUGUGCGACGUGGAUGAGCCCGUGUAUUUGGGCUACGUCAGGGCCUCUCAAAUUCCUGCAUGAGACCUGGCUUGGCCGGCAGUUCGUCAAGGGCUUCUGGGGCAUUGUAAAGCGCGACGUGCAGACAGCUAUUGGGUAUUCCAAACAUCAGGAAAUGAAGAAACUGAGGCCGUGGAUUGACCCGUUCUGGGUUAACACGACAAUCAGCAUCUUAAAUUAUCCCAGUAACUUUUUUGACCUGGUCAAGAACGGGCAGAUUAGAGUACACAUUGCGGAUAUCACCUCCCUGUCCGAACGGACGGUACACCUCUCUAAUGGCAUUUCCAUAGAGGCUGAUGCCCUGGUCUGCGGAACGGGCUGGCAAGUUCGAUCUGGCAUAUCGUUUCUGCCUAAGGGGAUCGACGAGCAGCUUGGAGUUCCCUGGGGCCGCGAGCCGCUGGACAAGUCACUGCUCGAGGCAGCCGACGAGCAUAUUCUGAGACAGUUCCCGCAGUUGAAGGGCGCUUCUGACGUCGACAAGGGAUUCAAGCACUUCGCUUCCGACUCUGAGACACUCAGCCCGCAUCCCUUCCGACUGGUUCGAUUCAUAGCCCCUCCUAAACUGAAAGAUCGAUCGAUCGUCUUCCUGGGCAUGGUUGGCAACAUCGACACCACGCCCACGGCUGCAGUUCAAGCUCUCUGGGCCACGGCGUACUUCUCAGGCGAGCUCGAGAUACGUCCCAUCGUCCAGCGGCCAGUCGAUCCCAAACCGACAGACGGCGAAGACGAGACAGACUGGGAGGUAGCGCUUCACACGCAGUUCAGCAUAUGGCGAUACCGCGACGGUAUGCGUAUGAGGAAUCCCGAUUUCGUCUUCGAGUCCAUCCCGUACAUAGACAUGAUGCUGCGAGACCUGGGCGUGAAGGUGUUCCGCAAGAAGGGCCGCUUCGCCGAACAUUUCACGGUGUAUAAGGCCAGGGAUUAUCAGGGCUUGGUAGACGAGUGGAAAGCGAAGAAUAAGCACUAG